AUGUCACUGCUUCCCAAAGAAUCUCUGGACCAGCUCAGAUGCUCUCUGUGUCUCAACUAUCUAUCUGUCCCCCCAAUAACAACUAUUUGCUCUCAUGGGAAACAACACAAGUGCGGUCGUUGCAGCCACAUCAACACUCCCAUAAACAACCAAGACGACAUUUACGAAGCCAUAGCUAAAAUAGGCCUGUUUCCUUGCACCUACCCUAACUGCGAAGAAAUCUUGUCUUGGGGACAAGCUGCAGGUCACGAGACCAACUGUCCAUACCGAAUCAUGAAGUGUCCUGUUUCCUGGAAAUGCAGCGAUAUAGUAAACGUACUAGAGCUGGUAGAGCAUUGUACCAAGCAGCAUCACAGCAAUGUCAAAGAGAACGUGCUCAUAACACCAGUAAACAUUAUAGCAGAAGGUAAGAAGAAGUUCACCAUAGUUCUGCUGCUGAAAGACGGGCUACCCUUCUUGGUGUACACGGUGGUCACUAUCCAGAACGUAUGGAUCAACGUUUUCUCCUUGCACCCUCAAGAAAACGCUAAGUACCAGCUGGAGCUCAUAAGCAGCAGCUCCAACUCUUGCUGUUUAUCUUUCAGAAACGCUAUUGUUCCUUUCGAUUCUAGGUUGAAUUGUAAAGAGUGUGUGUUGAAGGAGUGUACCAAUAAGCUGCACCAGAAAGCCGAGGAUGAAAACAAUGAAAAGCUUGACGAUUUUUUGCAAAGAAGCGGUUUUCAAAAAAUCAAACGUGAGUUGUUGGCCGAGCUGAACUUGAAGGAGUUGAGGUAUACCGUGCUACUAGAAUAG